UAGGAGCGGUCCCGCUGCCUGCCUGAACAUCUUCACCGCCUCGGUCCCUUUCUCUUUCUCUAUCGACUAGUCUGCAUCAGGCCCUGUCCGAGGAGCUUGCAGCCUUGGGUUUCACGUCGCCGAAGCGCUGAAGAGGGGCUGCCACGGACACAAUUUGCAAUUCAAACUUUUUUUUUUGUUUAACAUAAAAGUGAAGACGACUUUUAACUAGUGCGGUGUGCGAUGUUUAGACUGAUCUUUUUGGCCGCUCUUGCCGGGUUCACCCGGGCCAGUGAUGUGCUUGAUUACACGGAUGAUGAUUUCGAAAGCAAGAUUGGAGACCAUGGGCUCGCACUUGUGGAAUUUUUUGCGCCUUGGUGUGGCCAUUGUAAACGGCUAGCACCUGAGUACGAGGCAGCCGCCACACGUCUGAAAGGGAUUGUCUCUCUGGUCAAGGUUGACUGCACAGCCAACAGCAACACAUGCAGCAAAUAUGGUGUCAGUGGCUACCCGACCCUGAAGAUCUUCAGAGAUGGAGAGGAAUCUGGUCCUUAUGAUGGUCCCAGAACUGCAGAUGGGAUCGUCAGUUUCCUUAAGAAGCAAGCUGGCCCAGCUUCUGUGGAGCUCAAGGCUGAUGCAGACUUGCAGAAGUUCAUUUCAGACCAAGACGCAAGUGUUGUUGGGUUUUUUGCUGAUGGCCAGAGCACAGCACAGACGGAGUUCAUGAAGGCAGCCAGCGCCUUGAGGGACAACUACCGCUUCGCCCACACCAACUCUGAGGCUCUCCUCCAGAGCCUCAACAUUGACGGAGAGGGAGUCAUCCUGUUCCGCCCACCACGGCUCAACAACAAGUUCGAAGACAGCUCCGUCAAAUUCAGCGAGGACAAAUACACCAGCAGCAAAAUCAAGAGGUUCAUCCAGGACAACAUCUUUGGAAUCUGCCCCCACAUGACAGAUGACAACAAAGACCAGCUGAGGGGGAAAGACCUGCUGGUGGCUUAUUAUGAUGUUGAUUAUGACAAAAACCCCAAGGGCUCCAACUACUGGAGGAACAGGGUGAUGAAGGUGGCUAAGGGCUUCCUGGAUCAGGGCAAGAAGCUGAACUUUGCCGUGGCCAACAAGAACAUAUUCAGCCAUGAUGUGUCUGAGUUCGGCCUGGAUGGCAGCUCAGGAGAACUGCCUGUGGUGACCCUCCGUACUGCCAAGGGAGACAAAUACGCCAUGACUGAGGAGUUCUCUCGUGAUGGAAAAGCUCUGGAGCGUUUCCUGCAGGACUACUUUGACGGCAAGUUGAAGCGCUACCUCAAAUCAGAACCCAUCCCAGAAAACAACGACGGACCUGUCAAGGUUGUGGUGGCUGAGAACUUCGACUCCAUCGUCAAUGACGACAGCAAAGACGUGCUGAUCGAGUUCUACGCUCCGUGGUGCGGACACUGCAAGAACCUGGAGCCCAAAUUCAACGAGCUGGGAGAGAAGCUUGCUGAUGAUCCCAACGUCGUCAUUGCCAAGAUGGAUGCCACAGCCAACGAUGUGCCAUCUCCAUAUGAAGUCAGCGGUUUCCCCACAUUGUACUUUGCCCCCGCUGGACAAAAGAUGAGCCCAAAGAAAUACGAGGGAGGUCGCGAGGUGAGCGACUUCAUCUCCUACCUGAAGAAGGAGGCCACCAACCCCUUAGUGAUGCAGGAGGAGUCCAAGAAGAAGAAGAAGAAGAAGGACGACAAGUCAGAGCUAUAAAAGCUCCUAACAGGAACUCAACAACCCCACCCACACACACCCACCCACGCACACAUACACACACAUACACACCCACAACAGGAGGAAGAGGAUUGGGGAAAUCCAUGCAAAGAAAGAACUAAAUUAUAUUCAACUCUCUUAGUGAACUACCGAAUGCUCUGAAGCCAAGUCAAAAAGACGCGGCGCUCCCGUUUAGGUCCUCAGCUGCUCUGGGGAAACUGUGGAAGGUGGAGAGGUGGUGGCCAGGGCCUGCCCGAUGUUUAAAAACAAAAACAAAUUUUUAGGGAAGAGGGGACAACUUUUGAAAAUUCUGAUUUUUAUUUCCCCUGGUCUGUCUAUCACACCUCAGGCUGAUGCACUUUGGUUUGACCACCACUGGUUUCUCCAGUCAUGUCGCUUUGGUUUUUGUUGUUGUCAUCGUCACAGGGGAUAAUGGUAAUGGUGAAUUCCUUUUAUUUUCUUUUUUCUUUUUGUAACACGUCUUUGUUUUUGUACAUUUGGAAGGAUUGUGAAAUAAAAUGGCCCACAAAACCAAAA